AUGUCGAACAUCUAUGAAGAGAAGGUAACGAUGAUUGCAGCAGGGGAUUUGCAGGAGUUUGUUCCUUUUGGCCGUGAUCACUGCAAGCACCACCCUAAUGCGCUGAAUCUUCAACUUCGGCAGCUGCAGCCUGCAUCUGAGCUGUGGUCUUCUGAUGGAGCUGCUGGUUUGGUGGGAUCCCUUCAGGAGGUUACAAUCCAUGAAAAACAGAAGGAAAGCUGGCAUUUAAGAAAAGGUGUAAGUGAUAUUGGAGAAGAGGUGGAAUAUGAUGAAGAAUUGUAUGUGGCUGGCAAUAUGGUCAUCUGGAGCAAAGGAAGUAAAAGCCAGGCGUCUGCUGUUUAUAAAGCUUUUACUGUGGAUAGUCCUGUUCUUCAGGCGCUGUGGUGUGACUUCAUUAUAUCACAGGAUAAAUCUGAAAAAGCUGAUAGUAAUGAAGUAGAGAAAUGCAUAUGCAUAUUACAAAGUUCUUGUAUAAAUGUCCAUAGCGUGGAGGGGAAGGAUUAUAUAGCUUCAUUACCUUUUCAGGUGGCAAAUGUAUGGCCCACCAAAUACGGUUUAUUGUUUGAACGAAGCAGUUCUGCACAUGAAGUACCUCCAAGUCCACCCAGAGAACCAUUACCCACCAUGUUCAGUAUGCUGCACCCACUGGAUGAAAUAACUCCUCUUGUUUGUAAAUCUGGAGGUCUUUUUGGAACAUCAAGGGUACAGUAUGUUGCAGACAGUGCAAUGAAAAUUGUUUUCCUCAAUACUGACCCUUCCAUCGUAAUGACCUAUGAUGCUGUUCAGGGCUUACAUUCCCUUUGGAUUCUGCGCAGAGUGAAGCCUGAGGAACAGAAUGUUGUUUUAAAGUUCUCAGAACAAGGGGGCACACCACAGCAUGUGGCUACCAGCAGCUCCCUUACUGCUCACCUCAGAAGUCUCUCAAAAGGAGAUUCACCUGUGGCUUCACCUUUCCAGAAUUAUUCUUCCAUUCAUAGUCAGAGCCGAUCAACAUCUUCACCCAGUUUACAUUCUCGUUCACCUUCUAUUUCCAACAUGGCAGCUCUUAGUCGUUCCCACUCUCCUGCCUUAGGAGUACACUCAUUCUCAGGGGUCCAGAGAUUCAACUUUUCAAGCCAUAACCAAUCUCCAAAGAGGCAGAGUGUUUCCCAUUCUCCAAAUAGCACUUCUAAUGACUCCUUUCUUACACCAGAAAUGGAGCCAAUUGUUCCAGAACUUUGUAUUGACCACUUAUGGACAGAAGUAAUUACUACUACCAGAGAGAAAAAUUCCCCAGCCUCAAAAGUAUUUAUUACGUCUGACCUCUGUGGACAGAAGUUUUUGUGUUUUUUAAUAGAAUCCCAACUCCAGCUUCGCUGUGUAAAGUUUCAAGAGACUAAUGAUAAAGCUCAGCUGAUCUUUGGUUCUGUCACUAACUUACAUGCAAAAGAUGCAGCACCAGUGGAGAAAAUUGAUACCAUGCUGGUCCUAGAAGGUAAUGGAAACCUGGUACUAUACACUGGAUUGGUUCGGGUAGGGAAAGUUUUCAUUCCUGGACUGCCAGUUCCUUCUCUGACAAUGUCAAACACAAUGCCAAGACCUAGCACUCCUCUGGACAGCGUUAGUACUCCUAAGACUCUAAGCAAGCCACUUGGUUCCUUGGAUGAGGUAGUACUGUUGUCGCCAGUUCCAGAGCUCAGGGAUUCUUCAAAACUUCAUGAUUCACCUUAUAUUGAUGACUGUACUUUUCAGCAACUUGGAAGUUACAUUCACUCUGUUAGAGACCCUGUCCAUAACAGAGUAACACUUGAACUCGGUAAUGGUUCAAUGGUUAGGAUCACCAUUCCUGAAAUUGCCACUUCAGAAUUAGUAAAAAAGUGUUUACAAGCUGUCAAGUCUAUACUACCAAAAGAGAUAGCGGUGCAGAUGCUUGUCAAGUGGUACAAUGUUCACAAUGCUCCCGGAGGACCUAGUUAUCAUUCAGAAUGGAACUUAUUCGUAACUUGUCUAAUGAAUAUGAUGGGCUAUAACACAGACCGCUUGGCAUGGAUCCGCAAUCUUGAUUUUGAAGGAUCUCUGUCUCCAGUCAUUGCACCUAAAAAAGCAAGGCCUUCUGACACUGGAUCAGAUGAGGACUGGGAAUAUUUACUAAAUUCAGACUACCAUCAGAAUGUUGAGUCUCAUCUUUUGACUAGAGCUUUGCAUUUGAAUCCUUUGGAAGUUUCACAGAUGAAGGAGGAUGUUUUACACAAUCUUACUUUGGAUUCUUCUACACUUCUCUUCACUCAAAUACCUGCUAUAUUUUUUGUGCUUCAUCUUGUUUAUGAGGAAUUAAAAUUGAAUAGUUUAAUGGGAGAAGGAAUACGUUCACUUGUUGUUCUUCUAGUUCAGUUGGCAAGGGAUUUGCAGUUGGAGCCAUAUUUAGAUUAUUACUAUAGAGACUAUCCAACACUUGUGAAAACUUCUCGACAAACAUGCAUAAUUGACCAAGCCCAAACAGGAUUUAUGCAUCAUCCUUCAUUUUUUACACCUGAACCUCCAAGUAUAUAUCAGUGGCUGAGUUCUUGUCUAAAGGGUGAAGGAGCAUCACCAUAUCCUUACCUGUCUGGAGUCUGUGAACGAAGCAAACUCAUAGUGUUGAGUGUUGCCCUCUAUAUACUUGGUGAUGAGAGAGCUGUUUCUAAUGAAGCAUCACAAUAUCUAUCCAAAGUAACUUCAGCACCAAAAAAGAUUCAAAUGGAUCAAAAUGACAACAGAUUUAGUUUCAGACAUAGUACACCUGUUAAUAGCCUAGCUGAAAAGUUAGUGCUUUGGAUGACUAAUGUAGGCUUUACCUUAAGAGAUUUAGAGUCUCUCCCUUUUGGAGUUGCGCUUCCUAUCAGAGAUGCAAUUUAUCACUGCCGAGAACAGCCCGCUUCAGAUUGGCCAGAAGCUGUCUGCCUCUUGAUUGGACGUCAGGAUCUUUCCAAACAAGCCUGUGAAGGGAACUUGCCAAAAGGGAAAUCUGUGAUCAGCAGUUGGAUCAGCACAGCUGCAGAGUAUGGAAAGAGUUUCAAUAGUAGUAGUGAGUUCAUUGAUAAGAAGGUCAAUAGAUUGCUUCAGUUGUGUCAACGAACUAUGGCACUUCCCUUGGGGCGAGGAAUGUUUACUUUGUUUUCAUACCAUCCAGUUCCAACAGAACCACUGCCUGUUCCUAAACUGAAUCUAACUGGACGAGCUCCUCCUAGGAACACAACUGUGGACCUUAAUAGUGGAAAUAUUGAUGUACCUCCCAACAUGGCAUGUUGGGCUAGUUUUCACAAUGGUGUUGCUGCUGGGUUAAAAAUAGCACCUGCUUCUCAGAUUGACUCCGCUUGGAUUGUCUACAACAAGCCAAAGAAUGCAGAAUUGGCCAAUGAGUAUGCAGGCUUUCUUAUGGCCUUAGGCUUGAAUGGGCAUCUUACAAAGCUAGCUACACUUAAUAUACAUGACUAUUUGACCAAGGGCCAUGAGAUGACAAGCAUUGGAUUGCUACUUGGUGUUUCUGCUGCUAAGCUAGGCACAAUGGAUAUGUCAAUUACUCGGCUACUCAGCAUCCAUAUACCUGCUCUCUUACCUCCAACUUCAACAGAACUUGACGUCCCUCACAAUGUUCAAGUGGCUGCAGUGAUAGGCAUCGGCCUUGUCUAUCAAGGGACAGCUCAUAGGCACACUGCAGAAGUUCUGUUGGCUGAAAUUGGGCGCCCACCAGGUCCAGAAAUGGAAUAUUGCACCGACAGGGAAUCAUAUUCUUUAGCAGCUGGUUUGGCACUGGGCAUGGUUUGCUUAGGGCAUGGUAGCAACUUAAUAGGCAUGUCUGAUCUCAAUGUACCUGAGCAGCUCUAUCAGUACAUGGUUGGAGGUCACAGGCGCUUUCAAGCAGGAAUGCAUAGAGAGAAACAUAAAUCUCCAAGUUAUCAAAUUAAAGAAGGUGAUACAAUCAAUGUAGAUGUGACUUGUCCUGGUGCAACUCUAGCUUUGGCAAUGAUCUAUCUAAAGACUAAUAACAGGUCUAUUGCUGACUGGCUCCGAGCUCCUGAUACAAUGUAUUUGUUGGAUUUUGUGAAACCAGAAUUCCUUUUACUUAGGACCCUUGCUCGAUGCCUGAUUUUAUGGGAUGACAUUUUACCAAAUUCCAAGUGGGUUGAUAGCAAUGUUCCACAAAUCAUAAGAGAAAAUAGUAUAUCUCUUAAUGAAACUGAAAUACCAACCUCAGAGGAUCUGAACUUGGAGACACUGGCGCAAGCACAUGUCUAUAUAAUUGCUGGAGCUUGUUUGUCUCUGGGUUUUCGAUUUUCUGGAUCAGAAAACUUAGCUGCAUUUAACUGUUUGUACAAGUUUGCAAAAGAUUUUAUGAAGUGUUUGUCUGCACCCACAGCUUCAGUGACAGGUCAUUAUAACCUAGAAACUUGCCUAAGUGUUGUGCUGCUCUCUCUUGCCAUGGUCAUGGCUGGCUCUGGAAACCUCAAGGUUCUCCAGCUUUGUCGUUUUAUGCACAAGAAGACAGGUGGAGAAAUGAACUAUGGUUUCCAUUUGGCUCAUCAUAUGGCUCUUGGACUUCUCUUUUUAGGAGGAGGCAGGUAUUCUUUGAGUACUUCAAAUUCUUCUAUUGCUGCUCUUCUUUGUGCACUUUAUCCUCACUUCCCAGUUCAUAGCACUGAUAAUAGGUAUCAUCUCCAGGCUCUUCGACACUUGUAUGUUUUGGCAGCAGAACCAAGACUUCUUGUACCUGUUGAUGUGGAUACAAAUACUCCUUGCUAUGCAUUAUUAGAGGUUACUUACAAGGGCACUCAGUGGUAUGAAGAAACUACAGAAGAACUAAUGGCACCUACGCUUCUUCCUGAACUUCACCUUUUAAAACAGAUUAAAGUGAGAGGCCCACGAUACUGGGAAUUGCUUAUAGACUUAAGUAAAGGGAUACACCACUUGAAAUCAAUCCUUUCCAAAGAUGGGGUUUUAUAUGUGAAACUCAGGGCUGGGCAACUCUCCUACAAGGAAGAUCCAAUGGGCUGGCAAAGUUUGUUAGCUCAAACAGUCACUCACAGGAAUUCUGAAGCCCGGGCUUUCAAGCCUGAAGCUAUUUCAGCUUUCACAUCUGAUCCAGCACUUUUGUCAUUUGCUGAAUAUUUCUGUAAACCAACUGUGAACUUGGGUCAGAAACAGGAAAUUCUUGAUCUCUUUUCUUCAAUACUUUAUGAAUGUGUCACUCAGGAAAAUCCAGAGAUGCUGCCUGCAUACAUAGCAAUAGAUCAGGCUGUCAGAAGACUAGAGAGAAGAGAAAUGUCUGAGACUUUUGAACUUUGGCAAAUAAAGUUGGUAUUAGAAUUCUUUAGUUCCAGAAGCCACCAGGAGAGAAUGCAGAAAACUCCUAGUCGAGGACUCUUUAUGAACUCUGAAUUCCUUCCUGUGAUGAAGUGUACUAUUGAUAAUGCUUUGGAUCAAUGGUUGCAAGCUGGAGGUGAUGUGUGCCUGCACUCCUAUCUCAGUGGCCAGCCCACAGAAGAAUCUCACCUAAGCAUGUUGGCAUGCUUCUUGAUUUAUCAUUCUGUUCCCACCCCAGGGCAGUUGUCUGCUGGAGGAUUAGAAGGAAGCAUGAGUUUUUCUGAGCUACUUCUAAAAUUCAAGCAACUGAAGAUGCCAGUCCGAGCAUUGCUAAGAUUGGCUCCUUUGCUUCUUGGAAGUCCACAAUCAAUGGUACUGUGAUCUCCCCGGUCAACAGACCUGUCCUAGAUAUGACUUCUGCACAAAAGUGACCAAACAUCAAAGCCUGAAGUAUUAUUUAUAAGUUACAUAUUAGAACUUUGGAGGAAAAGUAACUACACAGACAUCCAAUUGUAUUUUAAAACAAAUGUUUUCAAUGUUACAGAGAGCUCUCAGUUGCUAUUAGAAUAUGUAAAAGUAAAUUUAAAAAUAACUUUACUUUUGUAAAUAAAGUUUUUUGUUUUCAAAA